UUGUACACCUAUAUAAACUAUUAUAUUGAGUAUCGCAUGGACGUGCAACAACAUAUAGUGUAUAUAGUAUAUACGGGUUUGUUUGUUCUCUGUAGGUAAAAUAAAUUAAGAUAAAGGUGAGCUUGUAAAAACAUUCUGUGCUUGUGACCAGCCAGGUGGCAUGGCUAAACUAAUCAUGGGAAAUAAUUGGAAUUUUUUGUUCUUAUGUUGGUCGAUUGUUACAGCAAUUGUUAAUGUGCAAGGUGGACUAUCAAGACUAAAGAGAGAAACUGCAGAUCUAACCCCGGGAAACUGGGACAGUUGUAAACCGGGUGCUGAGGCCCCGCCAACACGAGUCAAUACAGCUGACAGGGUGACUCAACUAAGAAAUUACUUUGCCACUCAAGGUAUCCAGGGUUACCUGAUACCCAAUGAGGAUGCUCAUCAGAGCGAGUAUCCGUCACAGUAUGACAAAAGAAGGGGUUACAUAUCCGGUUUCCAGGGAUCAGCAGGGUUUGCUGUGAUUACCAUAGACAAGCAGGCGUUAUGGACAGACGGACGGUAUUUCCUGGAAGCUGAGGACACACUCGACUGUAACUGGAUCCUUAUGCGUCAGAAUGAGCCGGGCGUGCCAACCAUGAUAGAAUGGUUAAAGCAAGAAUUGUCACGAGGAAACUUCUUUGGUGCGAGCCCCUUCCUCAUCGGCAGCUCCGACUGGAAAUAUUACAAAGAAGAGCUUUUAAAGUCUGGAAUUUACAUGGAUCCGGUGCCGGAUGAACUGGUUGAUCGGUUUUGGAGCUCGGGUCUAGGUCGUCCCAUGCAGCCAAAUUCUCCAAUAAACAUGUUACCAAUGCAGUUUGCAGGUCGUUCAUGGCAAGAUAAAGUCAAGGAUAUGCGAGAAGCGAUGGACGAGAAAGAGGUAGACAUGAUGGUUGUAACGAGUUUAGAUGAAACAGCUUGGUUAUUUAACUUGAGGGCUGGUGACAUUGACUACAAUCCUUUCUUUAUUUCCUACGCUAUUUUGGAAAAAGACAAGAUCACGCUGUUUCUUUUGGAGCAUUUGAACAAGAUAACGGCCGAGCCAACAGACGAAGCUGCCACAUCCACUGUAGCUGUACAUCUAAAUACUAACAAUGAUGGUACUUGCGGAGGAAAAACAGCAGAUUGUGUUGAGGUAAAAGCGUAUAACCCGGCUGAUGUUGUCAAUGUUGUAAAAACAAGAGCACAGACAUACAAUAAAGUAUGGUUGGGAUAUUCCUGUAACCAAGCUGUCUACUCAGCCAUCAAUGAGAGCAAAAUCCAUCAAGAUAAUACUCCAAUAGCCACAACGAAGACAAGGAAAAAUGAAGUAGAGGUGGAAGGGAUGAAAAAAUCUCAUAUACGCGACGCUGUAGCUUUGAUAACAUUCCUGGAAAAGUUAGAGACAGACGUAAAAGCUGGAAAGAAGUGUACAGAAUUGUCUGCCGCAGAUGAUCUAAAACAACUCAGACUGUAUGUAAAAUUAUCUUAUUUUGUCAUUUAUGGGGGAAAACCCGAGCCCGGUUACUAUGAGGAUGGACAAUUUGGUAUCCGUUUAGAAAAUAUUGUCAUGGUGAAAAAUGCUUCAACAACUUACAAGUUUCCAGGGACACAGUUUUUGACAUUUGAACAUGUCACUUUGGUGCCGUACGAACCACAUCUUAUUAAAUUUGAUUUGCUGAACGAAGACCAGAUUGAAUAUUUGAACGAUUACAACAUGAGAGUUCGAGACCAGGUUGGACCAGAGUUGAAGAAACAAGGAAAAAACGCUGCAUAUGAUUGGAUGAUGAAGAAAACAGAGAAAAUUUCAGUUAACAAUAAGGACACUUCAGGCGCGAACACAAUAAAUAUUACACUACCUCUUAUUAUAAUUGCUUUUUUCCUAGAAUAUUUCUUUUCUAACGUAUGAUAUGUUCAAUAGCCGUCAAUUUUUUUUUAUCUUUUGUUCUUUUUGAUCAAGCUUUUUUAUUUAAUGAGGUUUAUUUUUGCAAAAUAAUUUUAUACAAAUAUUUUUUAUUGUUAUGUCUUUUCUAAAUCUAUUUUGUUCAUUCUCGUGGUACGAAAGACAUACAUUAUAUGUAUGUGUAUUGACAUAUAUAUUCUGUUUUAUCCUUGCAUGUGAGUAUUUUCGCGAAAUUGACAUCUUAAGAGGUAACCUGCAGUUGAUUCCUUUUUACAAAACACAUUAUGUGGGGAUCCAUAGAAGCGAUUAUGGAAAAUAUAUAAUAUAUUUGUUGAAAACUAAAGCCAUGUCAACAUAUUCAUAAACAAAUAUUUAUGUGCAUAGGAAUGUAAAAAAAUGUACGCUCUGCAACAUGUAGGCGAAAGAUAUCCUUGGUGAAGCAUGUGAUAAAAUAUUAAAGCACUGUCUAAAGCAAAAGCAAGUGAAAAGUAGCAAAUAUCAAUUGGAGAUAUUGGUAAAUGCAGUCGAUACGAGAAAUAAACAUCGAUCUAUUGACCACAGAACAAACAAGAAUUCAGUCGUAUGAGUAAUUUUACUUUUACUGAACAAUUGAUAUUUAACUUGAACUGUGACAUUUUAAUGUUUAUAUGGAAUGCAUUUUGAUGAUUAAAGAUACUAAAAAGACGAUGAUUCAUAUAUAGGUUAACCUUUAAGAAAACAUCAGAAUAAGGGCGGAUAGUUAUCAUAUCAUAUUGUCAUUCAGAUUCUAAAUAAGAAAAAAAAACUCAAAGAAAGGAACGUUGGUUUAAAUUACAUUUUCAUUUGAAACACAUUUGAGCUGCGUCAUGACAAAACCAACGUAAUGCGUUUGCGACCAGCAUGGAUCCAGACCAGCCUGCGCAUCCGCACAGUCCGAUCAGGAUCCAUGCUGUUCGCCUACAUACUCUAUAACAAAUAGAAAAACUGAAAGCGAACAGCAUGGAUCCUGAUCAGACUGCGCGGAUGCGCAGACUGGUCUGGAUCCAUGCUGGUCGCAAACCCAUUAUGUUGGUUUUGUCAUGACGCGGCUCAUUUUAUUUUAAUAUUAACAUUUUCUUUCAUAUAAGAUAGAUACAGUCAUAAGUCAAUUUUACAAUGUUUUAUUUGAUGUUAUUUUUGUUAUUUUUAUCAUUGUUUCUAUUGUAAGCAGAUAUUUUUGUACCAGAUGUUUGAUUAUUUUGUUUAUUCAAUAUGUUUGCACUUCUAUUUGAUAAACAGCAUGCAUGUCGUGUUCUAUUGCUUUGAGUGUAACUUUCGGUUGACUGGAAAGAGGAAGAACGUUAACUCGUUUUUUAUCAUUAUAUCAAUUAGAUAAAAAUAUAAAGAAUAAACAACUAUUAAAGAACUACAAUUUUUUUUGAUGUAAUCUAUUAUUAGAUGAAACUUUAUAAAGUGGUUUUUGUGUUAUAAACUGUUGUAGUCUUGUCAAUCAGUGAUAUAUUUUGCAACAUUCUAAUCAUUUAUCAUUUGUUUGCAGAUCGUUUUCUUGUGUCAGUGUUUUAAUUAUCAUCAUUUCUUAAAAAGUAUAUGCAAUAUUAGUUUGCUAAAGCGUAAAUAUAUAUUGGCAAAUUAAUUUUCAAAUCCAAUUUUAUGUUGACAAGACAAGAAAUUACUUGACUAUACAAUGUAAUUAUUUUACCAUUUAAAAUUUUAGACAAAAACGCAAAAUAAAAAAAAAUCGAAGAUAAAGCAGUCAACAAACUUUUAAUGUUUAUACUUCCUACAUGGAUGGAGAAAAUAAAGACAUACACUGUUUAGUAACAAUUUUCUUUGCAUCAUAUACAUGUACUCGUAUAUUUAUUCAUAUCAUUAUGUCUUUUAUAGGCAGAUAUUCAUUACGCACCAGUGAUUCGAUAAUUAACAAUAUACUAGUAUUUAAAUAUAUUACUUUUGCUGCUUGUAUGUGAUGUUUUCGCCAUUUAUUUAAUAAAAUAUAUUCUCUGGG